AUGACCGCAGCACGCCGGAAGUUUUCUCGUUUCCAAGGCGACGGCUCUUCCACGCUCCGGCCAGGUGGCAAGAAUUGGAGAGCUGGAAGCUAUUCCGAGGAGAGGGUGCUGCCAGGGAAUAUAAACUGCCGACUGGGCCGUCACGGCGGCGACUCAAGAGAAAGAGCGAAGACCAGGACUUUAGUCUCAACAACAGUGGGGGAACGAGGCAGUGAAGACGGCGACUGCCGCUGUAGGGUCUCCACAGGAAAAAUAAGUGAAGACGGCGGCUUCUCCCGCCGUGAGUCGAGAAGAAGGAUCAGUGAAGACUGUUACAGUGUCUCUCGGGAAGUUAGGGGAGAUGGCGGCCACCACAGAAGCAGCUCUUGGGAGAGAGUAAGGGACCACGGCCACAGCCUCCAUUGCGCUUGCGAGGGAGAGGGUGUUGAUGGCGGCCACAGCCUCAGUCGCUCUUGGGAGGGAGUAAGUGAAGACUGCGAAUACGGGACCAGCGACUCCGGGGUGAUAGUCAGCGAAGACGCCGGCCGCCGCCUCAUCGGCUUCUGGGAGAGAGAAAGUGAAAACGAAGCUUUGCGUUGCGGGGGCUCCUGGGAGAGCACAAGCGAAGACUGCGGCCCCGGUUUAAGCAACGACUUGAACUGCCAGAGCAGUGGUUCAUCGGCUAGAGCAACCGAAAAAAGCAACGGUAUCAGGAGCCUAGACUCAACUCUUCCCCAGAGUCCCGGGAGUUGCACUAUGCCCGGUGUGUCGAGUUCAGGUCCCUCCACCUCCCCUCCGGUGACAGCAAAACCGCGCAUCAGGAAGAAGGUGCAUUUUGGUAGCAUUCAUGAUGCAGUACGAGCUGGUGAUGUAAAACAGCUUUCAGAAAUAGUGGAAAGUGGAGCUAGCAUUAAUGAAGUUGAUGCGCUCCAUAAAUUUACCCCUUUACAUUGGGCAGCACAUUCUGGAAGCUUGGAGUGUCUUCAUUGGCUGCUCUGGCACGGAGCUGAUAUCACACGAGUAACUAUGAAAGGUUGGACAGCAGCUCACAUAGCUGCAAUCCGGGGUCAGGAUGCUUGUAUGCAGGCUCUUAAGAUCAAUGGAGCAAAUCUGUCAGUUCAGGAUGACCAUGGAUGCACUCCUUUACACCUUGCUGCCACUCAUGGACAUUCUUUCACUUUACAAAUAAUGCUUCAAAGUGGAGUGGAUCCCAGUUUGACUGAUAAGAGAGAAUGGAGACCUGUACAUUAUGCAGCUUUUCAUGGGAGGCUUGGCUGUUUGCAACUUCUUGUUAAAUGGGGUUGUGGCAUAGAAGAUGUGGACCACAAUGGAAACCUUCCAGUUCACUUAGCAGCCAUGGAAGGCCACCUUCACUGUUUUAAGUUCCUACUCAGCAGAAUGAGCCAAGCAACACAAGCUUUAAAAGCCUUCAAUGAUAAUGGAGAAAAUGUAUUGGACCUGGCUCAGAGGUUCUUCAAGCAGAACAUUUUACAGUUUAUUCAGGGGACUGAGUAUGAAGGAAAUGAUCCAGAAGAUCAGGAAACUUUAGCAUUUCCAGGUCAUGUGGCAGCCUCUAAGGGUGAUUUGGAAAUGCUUAAGAAAUUAAUAGAAGAUGGAGUUAUCAGUGUUAAUGAGCGUGACAAUAAUGGAGCUACUCUUAUGCAUAAGGCUGCUGGACAAGGCCAUAUCAAGUGUUUGCAGUGGUUAAUUAAAAUGGGAGCAGACAGUAAUAUUACCAACAAAGCAGGGGAGAAACCCAGUGAUGUGGCUAAGAGGUUUGCCCAUUUGGCAGCAGUAAAGCUGUUAGAGGGGCUGCAGAAAUAUGAUACUGAUGAUGAGAAUGAAAUUGACGAAAAUGAUAUGAAGUUUUUUGUAAGACAUGGUGUUGAGGGAAGCACUGAUGCCAAAGAUGAUUUAUGUCAGAGUGAAUUGGAUAAAACAGAAGCCAGAAUGAGAGCUUAUAAGAAAAUUGUAGAAUUGAAGCACCUCCUGGAAAUUGCUGAGAGCAACUAUAAGCACUUGGGAGGAAUAACAGACGAAGAUCUAAAGCAGAAGAAAGAACGACUUGAAUCUGAAAAGACUGUCAAAGAGCUGCAGGGCCAGUUGGAGUAUGAACGACUGCGUAGAGAAAAAUUAGAAUGUCAGCUGGAUGGGUAUCGAGCAGAGGUGGAUCAACUCAGGGAGGCACUGCAGAAAAUUCAGGUCCCCAGCUUGGUGGCUAUGGGUGAUGACUCUUCUUGUGAAUCAAGCAAAGAGAAGAGGCAAGUGAAGAAAAAGCUGUCUUCUGGGGGAGUAUUUGUGAGAAGAUACUAGUCAUUAAAAUGACUUUAAAUAAA